GAAAAUUUCAUUGAACUUUGUGUUUUGGAGCAGCAUCUACAUAAAUUUUACCGGUCAUUGACAAAACCGCUUUUUAUUAAAGACAAAUAAUAUUUAACAUUAAAUAAAAUGGCAAAACAUCAUCCCGAUUUAAUAUUCUGUCGUAAACAGCCGGGUGUUGCCAUUGGACGUUUAUGCGAGAAAUGUGAUGGAAAAUGCGUGAUAUGCGAUUCCUAUGUGAGACCAUGUACAUUAGUUCGGAUAUGUGACGAAUGUAAUUAUGGCUCGUACCAAGGCAGAUGUGUCAUUUGUGGAGGACCCGGCGUUUCCGAUGCCUAUUAUUGUAAGGAAUGUACCACACAGGAAAAAGAUCGAGACGGAUGCCCUAAAAUUGUUAAUCUUGGAAGCUCUAAGACAGAUCUUUUCUAUGAGCGGAAAAAAUACGGGUUUAAACAGAACUACUAGUACCUUGUGUUGGAUAUAAAAUAUUAAUAAGACUUUUUGUACAAUUAAAAGAGAUAUUUUAUUU